AUGCGCCUCACCGCUCGGGCCAGUCCUCCCUUUCCGGCGGACAUACUCGGCAUCCUUGGCGGUUUCUCGGUCCUAGGCAUUGCAGCUCGGACUCCGAUUGAGCUGGACGGAGAUGUACGCUGCCGCGCGCUCGUGUCGAUCCCUCCGCCGCCGUUCAUCCUCCCGUCCUCCCGACAGAUGAUAAUGUCGAUGAUAAUGGAUCCAGUGGAGUGGCACAGUUAA